AUUAUUUCGUCUCGCCUUACUUCAGAGAGCUUUCGAGGUGCAACAAAUCGAGUAAGAAUCGACAAGAGAAACACACAAAUCGUUUAAGCUUGCUUGGAUCGAUGGGUAUCCUGGACGCUCUGUCGGAGAUGUGCCCGGCGUCGCUGCGCACCCGCCGGCGCAUCAAGAAGCGCCCGCAGCUCACCACGGUGGAGAUGAAGGUCCGGAUCGACUGCGAGGGCUGCGAGCGCCGGAUCCGCAAGGCCGUCCAUCACCUAAAGGGCGUCACCGGCGUCGAGGUCAUCCCCAAGCAGAACAAGGUGGCCGUGACGGGCUACAUCGAUGACCCUUCCAAGGUCAUGCGGCGGGUGGCGCGCAAGACGGGGAAGAAGGUGGAGCCGUGGCCGUACGUGCCCUACGACGUGGUGGCGCACCCCUACGCCCCCGGCGCCUACGACAAGAAGGCGCCCCCAGGCUACGUCAGGAACGUCGUCGCCGACCCCGCCGCCGCGCCGCUCGCCAGGGCCUCGUCGACGGAGGUGAAGUACACCUCCGCCUUCUCCGACGAAAACCCAAACGCGGCGUGCACCAUCAUGUAGCUGACUAGCUCUAGCUCUAGCCAUCGUCCCCAGUCCUUAAGUUCCAAGUAUUCCGGUACUAUAGUUAGUAGUUACUCUAGCUUGUUGGUUAGUUAAGUGUACAAAUUGUGAUGAUCUAUAUGUACUGCUAGCUUGUCUGCUUGCCUGUGUAAUUAUUUUGCACUACAUCUCGUGAGCAAAACUGUAAAUUAUACCUGCAUAGUUGCCUCCCUCCCUCUCUAGACAGUUUCAUUUCUUC